CCCAAUAAGUCCUUAUGGGCCUAUGUAACCCAUGAGGAAGAAAGGGGAAAGGUUGUACCAGUGACUCAAAAUGGCGAUGGAGGCGGAGCUGAGAUGCUGAAGCUGCAAGUAAGCGGGAAGACGAUCUUGUCCAGAGUUCGUUGUCGGAGAGAGGCGAGUUACCAAACGAUGUACCAUUUUCUCGACAUUUUGAUCUUAGAAAGGAUUGAUUUUUCAAUGUCGACUGCUUCCUCCUACGUCUUUGGGCCUUACAAGAUCGAUCCUCGUGAAGUGUUCUACGCAACACCUCUCUCUUAUGCCAUGGUUAAUCUCCGCCCGCUUCUUCCUGUUUUUGUUUUCGAAUUUGAGUUCCUUUGGGUGACUUUGACCACACGAGCACAUGUUCUUGUCUGCCCAAGACGCCUUGUGCCGCGCUUUACUGAUCUCACAGCUGAUGAGACCAGCGAUCUGUGGCUUACUGCUCAGAAGGUUGGCUCUCGGAUUGAGUCAUUCCAUAAUGCAACUUCUCUCACAUUAGCCAUCCAGGAUGGCCCUCAAGCGGGACAGAGUGUUCCCCAUGUACACAUUCACGUCUUGCCUCGUAAAGGCGGUGACUUUGAGAAGAAUGAUGAAAUCUAUGAUGCUAUUGAUGAGAAGGAGAAGGAACUGAAGCAGAAGCUUGAUCUUGAUAUAGACCGGGUUGAUAGAAGUCUUGAGGAGAUGGCUAACGAGGCUUCCCAGUACAGGUCUCUUUUCGAUCGC